UCAUAGUUGAUACAAUAAAGCAGAAAAUAAAGAAAAAACUAUUGAAAAUAUGAAUUCAAUUAGGUCCUUUAUUGUACUACUCAUCGCCGUGUUAAGCAUAAGUGAGAUUAUGACAGCUUGUGCUGGUCCUAAUGCUGCCCAGUGCAAACAAGAGAGAACCCUCGACCUUAAUGCUUGCAAGCCAGUCAUAUACCAGAAGCCGCCGUCGGCAGAGUGUUGCCACCGUAUCAGAGUUUCACACGCCGAAUGUUUUUGCCCUCUUAUGACCCCUAAACUAGUUAAACUUCUUAACGUUACAAAAGUCAUUGGAAUCAUUGAAGGUUGUGGUCGGAGAGUUCCUCGACAUUUCAAGUGUGGAAGUAUCACAAGAUGAAAGUUGAACUCGCUUGCUAUUAUCAGAUGGGGUUUUUAAUAAUUUAAUAAGGAUGGUAUCCGAUGAUUUUUGAAUGAAAUUCGUACGAGUCUGCCAUUAUGAAUAAGUGUUUGACUAUAAUUUGUACUUAAAUUGGCUUAUGUUUAUUUGCAUCAAUUCUGGAUGUUGGUUACUUGGCUAAUUAAAAACAGCCAAUAUAAUCUUUAUUGUUCAAUUAAUAAGAGCUGGUUCAUUAGUAUUGUUACUAUAC